AUGCUGCCGGCAGGUGCUGGCCCUGUUCCAGGGCACCUCCGGCAGGCCGUUGACCUGCAGGACUUCCUUCCAGCCUGCAAGCAGGUGCUUGAUCACUUGGAGUACUACAUGCACACAGACAAUGCCUUGCUAACUUGCAUGUGGCAGGUCAUUGCCUUGUCGCUCAAGGAGAUUCCGGAAGGCAGCAACACCGCAAUGGCUGCGGCAUCUGCGAAUAGCGCAGCGCCUUCCAAUCGCACCCUGGACGACAAGCUUGUGGCCAUCAUCUACAAGCACCUGCUGCCAGCCAUUUCCAUAGCCAAGCCGAACCCCUUCUUAAGCAGCGUGGCGUGGAAUGUGCUGAAGCAGCUCACAGUCUUCCAGCGAUACAUGAUCUAUAGCUGUUGGGAGACGAGGUAUAGUCAGUUCAUGCUCAAGUACAGCUACGAAGAAGCGAAGUUUGAAGCCAAGAAGAUCCUGAAGCGGGUCGUUUCCAGCGACAAGACAAGCGAGCGGGAUCGAGAAGAUCCCAAUGCCUACAGGCCUCACCCUGUGUUCUGCCAACUCUGCCAGACAAACCCGAUCCCCAUCGUGGAGGUGAUGCUGAAGGACAUUGAGAUCGGCUUCAACGUCAACAUGAUCCAGCCGUACGUUGACCUGACGUCCCGCUGCUCCGAGAUGAUGACGGACGUCGUUGGCUACGUCCUGUCGCGGAACUGCGAACGUCCCGCCACGGAGACGAAGGUGUUCUUCUCCCCGGCGGACGGACUCAUUUCACCCUGGCUGAGCAACUUUUCGGACUUCAUCGGUCGCUUCUACAAGAGACACCCGCACACCAACUUGGUUGCAAUGCUUCUCGUGCUUGCGAAGCGCAUGACGCAUGACGUGCCCGAGUCCACAGGAAGACACUCUGCAAAGAAGUUCAAGGGUGAGUCUCUCAUCCGAGUAGUCCUCGAGAAACUCAUGGAGCACAUGGGUGGCCUCAUCGUCGUGAAGGAUUUCACCAUGGAGCAGAUCACCUGCUUGGCCGGAGGGCCUCGGCUUCGGCUGGAGUCCGUCUCGAUUGGUUCACGUCCAGAUCCUCAGCGGAAGGAAAAGACGAAGAAAGCGCUCCUGGACACGCUUGUCGAGCUCGGUUUGGCGCCGGCCCUGUGGGACUGUCUCAGUCGCCAGCGGCUUUACUUCAUGUCUGAAGGCUUUUCAGAGGUCCACAGUGAUGAAGGGUCGCUGAAGAUCCUUUGCAAGCUCCUCGACGGGAACAUGGAAUGCUUCCUGAGCCUCGUGGACUUCUUGUCUCAGGCAUCUGCACGAGAAAAGUACGUGAAACUGAUGCCGAGCGUGCAACAGCUCUUCGGCGUUCUCGAACCCAACGCAGCCUACGCGGCCCUCCGGCCUGGGUUGCCCCCCUUCGCCCGCGGCAAGAAGAAAACCGAAGAGGGUGGAAAGACCACGAUGGUGGCAACCGCGGAGGAGACAGAUCUGCAGAAGCUGCUGAUGGAUAUAGCGUUCAAGUGCUUGCCAAAGCCGAUUGAGGAGGAUGGGCUCUCCAUGGACUUUUACGUGACUUUCUGGCGGCUGUCCUUGCAGGACAUCUUUGUUCCCACCGAGGGCUACGAGAAAGUGCUGACCAGGAUGUCGCAAGGUCAGAAGACCCUGGAGGAGUCGAAAGCCAAGCUCGAUCGGAAGUACAACGUUGACACACACAGUCGUGAGUACAAGGCUGUGCAACGAAAUCUCGCUCGGCAGAAGGAAGCGUACGACAAGGUCAAGGAGGAGCAGCUGAAGCAGAAGCUGAACUUCGAGCAGGUCCUGGCACGGCUGGAGCAGGAGAAGUCCUUCUGGUUUCUGAAGCACUGCCCAGAAGCUACUCAGACAAUGGUUGCCGAGAUGAUCCUUCCUCGAGCACUGACUUCGUAUGCAGAUGCUCUCUUCUGCUGCAAGUUUGCGCGGCUUCUCAUUCGGAUGAAGACUCCGGGGUUCUUGGUGCUUGACUUCUACAACAGUUGGACGGUUAUGCUCACCAUGAACCUGCGAAGCUGCACCGAAGUGGAGGCGCAGAUAUGUGGACACUUCCUCAAUGAGAUGAUGUCCUACAUUCACGGCUUGCGGAAAAGCGAAAAGGCAUUCGAAGCUGAGAUGAAGGACAAUCCUUGCUUCCACCGCCAUCACUACGGCGGCGCAGAGGCUGACAGCUCCGUGGCACCGGAGUAUGCGAAGCAUGCCGACAUCGUCAGAGGUCACAACAAGUGGGAGGGCAAGAUCCUCAAAGCCUUGCGCCAAAAUCUGGAAUCGGAGGAAUGGACGGACAAGCGCAAUGCUCUUCUCCUCCUCAGCAAGUCCUGCGAGACUUAUCCGAUAGUGGAGAAGUACGCCAGAACGGUGCUGCAGUGUGUUGAGAACGUUCGCGAAAGAGAGAAAGCGAGCGAUUUGAAGACGCUGGCGGCCUCGCUUGCCACCAAGCUGAAAGCCCAGAGCAAGAACUGGAUCAAGACCGAGAUCAAAGAGGCGCCGAAGGGUGCUGCGAAAGCCAAAGAGGCACCAAAGGCAAAAGUUGUCAAGGAAGUUCCAAAAGAUGCCACUCCCAAGGAGUCCAAGAAGGAUGGAGAUGCAAAGAAGGAGGUGGUGAAGACGAAAGAGGCACCCAAAGCAAAGGAAGCCACCAAGGACGGCGUGCAAUCGGCCCCGAAGGCCAAGAAGGCUGUGCCCACCUGCGGGCAGCGCAGGGCCCCACUGAUGCUGAUGAUGUGCGCGCCGGGUCCCGGACUGGGGCCGCUGAUGCUCAUGAUGCGCGCCUGGGUGCCCAUGAUGCUCGCCGAAUGUCCUCCUGAAUUGGUCCACGAAUGUCCCCGCGCGGCCCAAUGGAAGAACGAGUCCGAUGACGCGCCUUCUGCUAACGCAAAGCUAGCAAGCUACGGCUCGACCGAGGCUCGAGUCCACGGGGCGCACGCGCUCGACGACCGAGCGCUGCCCGUACAGUGGUUUGGUGUGCCAUUUCGCGAUAGAAAAGGUCCUGAUGCAGAUGGUUGGCAGGAAGCAACCGUGCAUGCCAGCGCUUUGCAUGUUGGCCGCAGUGCGGUCGCUCUUGGUGGUGUUGCAUGGCGAUGCGUCCGCCGUAUGGCUGCAGAGGCCGAGGACGGAAAGCUGCUGUCCGCCAAGGCUGUGUUCAGACAUCUUGGCGGGAAGCAGAGCUCUCCAGAACGCUUGCUGCUGGAUCAAGGCAGCUUGAGUGCCGCAUAUGCGGGCCUUCUGACAAACCGCCCACUGCAGCUGCGUUGGCAAGAGGAGUCCUCUGCGGAUAGCCAGGAAGCUGACGAGGAUCGUCUUCCUGAUGCAGUCUGUGCCGCUCGGGCUUACGGUGUGCGAAGCCAGGAAGCUGCUGAUUGUGGGAGCGGCCCUUGUGGUCUGAUGCUGGCUCGGAGGCCAUUGCCUGGAAGCCGACGUGAGGUGGCCCUGCUGGAUCCACAGAUACUACUGCCUGCACGCUUGCGCGCAAAGCCGCGCUGGUCCAAAGUCUGGGUUUACGCAAAGCUGAUGCGCGGUGGCGAGCAGUUUCCGCCAGUUGGCAUUGCUUGGCGUGAAGACUCUAUGGACUGGAGAUGGCGGGACGGCUGCCAUCGGUACUUUGGAGCAUUGGUGAGUGGCAGAUACUUGCCGGUGUCUUUCAAAGAUCCUACUCAGCGAUCGCUCAACAAGUGA